AUAGAGACAUGUGGUGCAGGUCACGUGCCAGCUAUUUUUUCACUUCAUCAAACUCAUCCGAGUAUCAACGCGUGUCAUCUCGACAGCAUCCAUCUCAUCACGUCGCCAAAUAAUAGGACUUUCGCAGGCCGAACUUCCCCAAGCUCUGUAUUAUCACUGUGCCAUGUUAUUAUAGGAAUCGUUCAUUAUCCAACUGCCACGACAUCAUGGCGCGAACACUGAGCGUCUUACGAGACACUCGCCUCACACCGACGCCACAUCUUAUAUUUUCACAAAUCUCACGGCAGCAAUUCUCGAAUUAUGCUGGUCCCUUUCUGCGUGGAGGACCCCACGAAUGGACCUCGAAGUCUUCGCCCGGUUCUUCCGCCAAGCUUCGUGAAGCUGUGGCGCGGAAAACCGCCAGGCUUGAAGGGUUGAAGGCUGCUCGGGAGCAAAGAAAAAUCGAGGCUGUCCGUGUGGCUGCGGAAGCCGACCGCGCCGGUAGCAGAAUGGGCAAGGUAGCAGAUCCCUUUGCGUCCAUGAUGACGAUGAGAAAGUCAGACAAGUCUGAGCCGAGAGGUAGGCAGGCCGGCAACACGAGGUCCGGAAGGACGGCAUCACCGACGGCCAGCGCAGACCCCUUUGCAGCCAUGGCAGCGCAGAGAAAAUCAGACCAUCCCGCUGGUCAGAUGGAAAAGAAGAGGAAGAACCAAGGCAGGAGAGAGAGGGCUCGCUCUAGGGGGGCCGCAGAACCUUCAAACCGAUUCGGAUCCAGAUCAGGGACGAGCGAUGCGUGGCCGGUGGCAGAGAUUCCUAGGCCAAAACCGACGCCCCGGUCAGCACAACUUCUAGAUUCCUAUGCUGCUGCACGGGAGCCAACAUCUCAACGCGGAGAAGAUCGCCUCUCGUCGAACGAACCGCCAGCAGAACCAUCAUACGAGGCACGCCUUCUUUCCGCUCUCGCUGACCCCUCCAAUCGGGACUCUAUCCCCGAGCCGCCCACCGAGCGCCAGGAGAAGACAGUGCCUCCCUUCAACCGCCAGACCUCUGACGAAUCCGGAGAAGAUGUACUCUUCCCGGAAGAGGAGGACCGAGCACGCCCGCCAACGACCAGCUGGCCUCGUCCCGAGAGUCAGCCGUCCGUGCCACCAGCGCCCAAACCCUUCUUCUCCAGAAACAAGAUUGAGGGGAAUCCGAGUGUCGCCUCCCUCGCACCUAUGGAUCUGAUCACGGUUCCCGCCCCUGGAUCUCCGCCGACGAAACCGCAGUCGUCGCCCCCGGUGGCCGUGCGUGGUGCCAUGGCAACAGCAGAUCGCUUCUUCCGUCAAAACUACAAGUUUCUCUUCUCCGCCUCGGAAUGGGCUGAUCUUCGCCCUCAAACGCACACGCCCGAGAUCAUUGUCCUGGGCGCUUCCAACGUGGGCAAGUCGACCUUUAUCAACUCACUGCUGGGUCGGAGCGAUGUGGCCAGGACGAGCUCCAAGCCGGGCCGCACGCGCACGCUGAAUGCAUACGGUGUUGGUCAGCCCGCCGACUCUCUGGUCAACCAGGGGCUCCCCCAGGGCACCGACCCGGCCAACCAUGGACUCGUGGUGAUGGACGCCCCCGGGUAUGGUCAUGGCAGUCACGCGGCGUGGGGCUCCGUGACGCGUGAUUAUAUCAAUAAGCGGACCAUGCUCAAAGGAGCCAUUCUCUUGCUGCCUGCCGAGAAGCGGAUCUCGGAUAUGGAUCGAUGGACGAUGAACCUCCUUGCCCAGCGAGGCAUCAAGCUCAUGGUGAUCUUGACAAAGGCCGAUCGCGCUGGAAAGGAGUGGUAUGAAUACUGCCUCAACGUGGCCGCCGAGGUCCGCGCGAACAUCAACGUCAUUAAGAAUGGUUCGGAAGAGGUGCACUCUUCCUGGUCUGAAGGCACUGGAUGGGUGCCAGAGAUCCACGUCACAGCCGCGGCGUUUCCUCAUAGACGGUCGAUUGCCAAUGCACCCGGUAUGAGGGGAGUUCGCCUGGCCAUACUGAGAGACAUGUUGGGCAUGGACCUCGACGCCACGACGAGCAAAGUGGAGGCCAAUCCGGAAGACAUUUCGUAUGGUGGCGACACAGUCUCUUGGGAUGACAUGCUGCGAAAGAUGCAGAAUAUGUAAAACUAUGUACAUGGAAGGCAAAUUGCAUGGGCAAGGCGUUUUUGGGGGGUGGUUCUGUCUCUACAUUUCGGAAGCAUAUUUAGAUAGAGUGUACCAUUUUGUAAGAUACCUACUAGUAGCGAACUAAUUAAUGCAUCAUACCACA